AUGGAAACGUCGAUGGGGGACGUGCUAGAACUUACGGUCUUACCGCCAUUAUCCCCCACCAUCGAGCGUGCCUUUACAGAGGCUUUUGCAGACAUGUCAGAGCUCGAGGAGAAUAAUAAAGACACUGCUAUGAUCAAACUAGAGCCACUCUGGCCAGCCAGUACAAAAGACUUGACGUUGUCACCACCUCUAGUGUCCAUGACUUCGUUGUCACAUAAUCAUCCGAUACAUAUGAGUGAGAUCAGGAACAUGAGUCCAAGUGGAGGCAAGAAACAAACGUUACCAAAGGAUUUGACUGAAGGCAAACGAGCAAGACGUUCGGCUAUUGAAAAAAAGUCGAGACAAAGACGACAGAACGUUCUCAAGACAAUGAGGGACGAGGUUAGUGAACUAGAGAAGCUGUACGAUGCAAUGACCAAGCGGAUCGAGACAAGGGAAGAAAGUCAGCUGAGUGAUGCGCGACAGACCGACAGUUUUAGUUUCUGUUCAGCUGUAGACGAACUCCAGCGCAAAUACUCGAAGCUCACGUUAAUCGCUCAUGCAUUGGAAGAAGAGCAGGAAACGUUGCAAGAAUUGUUGCACCAAUAUACAGAAUUCCAGAAGACACUAACAAGUUUGUCGGAUCAAGAUGAAGAGCAAAGGAAUCAGACGUGGAACACGGGAGUGCCACCGAGUUUAUCGUUUCAAGCUAGAUUUACGAAGCUGACGGCGACUGAAUGUUACGCACUCGUACGGGAAUCGUACGAGGAGAUAAAGAGGUUUAACAAUGCUGAGCACUUUGUGUCAACUGGAGCAAACUUUAUGGGCUGGACAGAUAAGAGGAAGUACGACCCGAUAUCAGGAACACUUCAGUACGGGUUUACGAAGCAGUUCCCGCUUGAGGACUCUGAGAAUCUGCUCAUGAAGACUUGGGAUAUCGUCACGGAUGCCCCUAAGCUGAAAGACAUUUCUUUUGACCGGUCGAUCAACUUUCGGUAUGAAGUCCUGCAACGCAUGAAUGACGACUUGAUCAUUAUUCGACGAGAUCACAGGAUCCCAAAUAUCGAGACGACGUUUGCCACGGUGCAACUCAUUUUCCGCCUGCAGACUGCUACUGGCUACACACUGUGCAUGCGGACGAUUCCGUCGUCUGAGAUUCAAAAUAUGCUAGAACCUCAUGAAUGUUUCUAUGACGUCUUCCUCUGGACGCAAUUUAAUCGUAUGUACGACGAAUUCGGUAACCCGGCAGGCUGCGAGUUGAUGUCUGCUGGCUCCAUUGCCGACCAAGGACAGCUCAAAUCUACCUACUGGCUUUUUGAGCUCGUGUGCUCGAUGCUGCGCUGGGAAAGUCGCUGCGUUGGUUCCUUAUUCUUGAAACAGACAUGA